GAGAGCGCAGCUCUGCGCGCAGCUCUGGCGCGAUACGAAGAACAAGAACAGGAGGAGAAGGAGGACGGAGGACGGAGCGUACGCUGGAGGCGACACUUGUCAAACCGCCAGUAAACAACCGUUUGUUCCUUUAAAAAGAGACCGUGACGCCCUGGAGACCCGGGGGGAUUAACCGAGGUGGAAAUAGAGGCUGGUCGCACCUUCCGCCGCUGCUGUGCACUCAGGGGGGGAAAAGACGCGGAGAGCCCAUGAGGAGAAGAAGUGGGAGUGUGUGGCGUUUGCGCCACGAAAACACAUUUUGGAGUUGAAGUACAGCGAAGUUGACGCGGGGUGAGAUGUCGACUGACGGGAGCUGAGUGACCGAGAGACAGAGAGAAAACACACAGACAGACAGAAAGGGAGAGGGAGAGAAAAGAGCACUUUAUCCGAGGUUGGGGCUCAGUAAAAUCCACCCAGCUCUCCUGCUGAAGCAAACACCACUGACAGCUUCCUUUAGGAUAACAGACGGUGCAUUUCAGAAAGUCCAUUUCGCCAAAACUGCAGGUGAACUUUUCACACUGGCUGUCACAGCGACCUUAGUGUGGACUACAUACAGUGUGCACUCUCCCCUGGCUUUGCUGCCUCUGAAGAUGAUCUGUGUGAACUGAAAAAGAAGCAAUCAAACAUUUAACGAGAGAAAGGCUGAAAUUGAGAGGGAGCCCAGCUCUUACAGUCUGUAUUCAGCAUCGGGUCCACCUGUCCAUCACAGCCUCCACACAUGCUCAUUACCAGUACUGAAGUGUGAAAUUGAUUUUGUCAAAAUUGUCAUAACACAAACAAUAAUAACAGAUCAAAUUUCCUUGACGUCCGUUUGCUGCCGUUUUCUGAAAGGUGGAAAUCCCACAUACUCCGAUCAGACAGUGCAUUAAUUAAGACCGCGGCCUGGCAAUUCAGAGCAACUGUACUAUUUUUGCAUGACCCACUGAUUGCAUGAAUAUCCAGGAUUUCUUUUGACUUCCAAGAAGAACCCUUGAGCCCAAGACCAUCUUCUGACUGUCUGCCAAACUGUCACAUUUGGGUGUGGAGGAGUUGUUUCAGAAUUAGGCCUCUGGACACUCAUUGAAGAUGACAUGAGUUGCCAGGCCUAAAACCCCUCAUACCAAAAUAAAACCUACCCAGUGAGAGAGAGAGAGAAAGGGAGCUUGGCAGCAGGACACACAACACACAAAUGUGGGUGCCGAGGCGGCUGUGAGCCAUGCUGGUGUUGUUGUUUGUGGAUCCCUGGAGUACAGGCUAUCAUCAUCCCUAUCAUCAUUCACGCAAGCUGAAGAAGAUUCACCGGCCCCAAGGAACAACUCUACACUUCUGAGCAUUUCAAAGGAGACUGGGAGUCUGGGCUUACACACAGGGAUCCACAGCGACAUCCUCAAUCGCACGUAGAGACACAGUGAUACGACUCUCCACAUAUCCUUGACUCGGAGAAAAUAAAAAACCAAGCUGCAGCUGACGUGAAAAGGCACAAAGACUGAGCAGUCAGGAGCUUUGUACCAACAUGGCUACUGAGAGUCUUGCCGAGCUACGUGAUUGGCUCUUCCUGCUCCUCCUGUGCCUCACCUUACUGGCUGAGGUGCUAGAACUGGCGGCAGCAGCAAUUGCCAUGGAGACAGGCGAGGGAGAUGAGGGCAUUGUUUGUCCCUCAGUGUGCCGCUGUGAUGAGGGUUUUGUCUACUGCAAUGACCGUGGCCUCAGCUUAAUUCCUCCACUACCAUUAACAGCUGCCAUCCUCUACUUGCAGAGCAACCGGCUGAGCAAUGCCGGGCUGCCUCCCUCACUGGAACGCAGCUCUUCCAUACGAGUGAUAUAUCUGUAUGCCAACCAGUUAGAUGAAUUCCCUAUACACCUUCCGCCUUCAUUACGGGAGCUUCAUUUGCAGGAUAAUAAUAUACGAACGUUACCGCGGUCAGCUUUGGCCAAGUUACCAUUACUAGAACGUUUACACCUGGAUGAUAACUCCAUAUCCACAGUUAGCAUCCAGGAGAGAGCUUUUUCUGGGACUCCACGGCUUCGACUGCUUUUCCUGUCUCGAAACCACCUGUCAAGCAUCCCUGCUGGUUUGCCAGCUUCCUUGGAAGAAUUGCGACUCGAUGACAACCGAAUCAGCACCAUCCCCACUCAUGCUUUCCGGGGGCUCUCCUCACUGCGACGCUUAGUCCUGGAUGGGAACCUGUUGGCCAACACACGCAUUGCAGAUGACACCUUUUCUCGUCUCUCCAACCUGACUGAGCUGUCAUUGGUCAGGAAUGCCCUGCAGUCACCUCCUGUCAAAUUGCCAUCAGCUCAUCUGGUACGACUCCAUUUGCAAGACAAUGGAAUGACCCACAUACCAAGGGGAACGCUGGAUGGGAUGCGACGACUACAAAAGUUGGACCUGUCAGGAAACAAUCUGACCAGUCUCCCCAGAGGACUUCUAAAGGACACAGAAAGCCUGGAGAUGCUACUGUUGCGAGGAAAUCCCUGGUACUGUGGCUGCAACCUUCGCUGGCUUCAUGCAUGGCUGCAUGGCAGGGGUUCAGCAGUGACAGUCAGAGGUCUGACUUGUCAAGGGCCUGAACAAGUAAGAGGCCUGAUCCUGAAAGACCUUACCUCCCUGAUGGAGCAGUGUGAAAGUCCUCCUGCUGGUCCCAGCACUGGGGUCGGGAUGAACCCAGCUGAAAAAGAUGGAGGAGGUGAAGACGGUAUUGGACAGGGCCAAGUGGUGGCUUCAGGCCCACAUGGUAGCACCACCACUACUUCUCUGUUGGUCCCCACACAAGGUUCUCUCUUUACCCUGCGAGCCAAGUGGCCAGACCUUGUUAUGCCUCUUCCUCCCAGUGAAGGGGGGCGGGUAUCUGGAGAGGCCUUGGAGCUGACUGUAAAGCCUCUCUCUUCGGACAGUGUACUGGUCAGUUGGCUUUGCCCAAAGCCAGCACCCUCUUUCCGCUUGUCGUGGCUUAGGCUAGGUAGCAGUGCAGCUCUUGGUUCAAUUACAGAGACUUUGGUUCCUGGAGAGAGGACACAGUACCUCCUUAACCAGCUCACCCCACGCUCACAUUACCUCAUCUGUCUGCUGCCACUGCGACAGGAACAUCCCUUUGGAGGGUCUAGUAUGAGUUCAUCUCGAGCUGGCAGUACAGGCAUGGACACUGAGAGUAGAGACUCAACCCCAACCUGUGCUCGAAUAGAGACUGGAGAGGCUCCGGUUAGCUCAGGUGGAGAGGGGUCAGAAAAAGAGGGACAGGACUCUGAGCUAACAGUCCUGCCAUUAGCUGGGAUCAUUGGGGGUGCCACAGCAUUGGUAAGCCUGCUGUUAAUAUUUGGCAUCUUCUGUUGGUAUGGACAGAGGGCAGGUUACAUGUCUGGAGACUCAGGCUCAUACAACAGGGGGCGGGGAGGAAAACAUUAUGAUGACUAUGUAGAGUCAGGCACGAAGAAAGACACUUCCAUUUUGGAGAUCAGGGCUCCUCCUGCAGGGUUUCAGAUGACAGCUAUGGCCCACCAGCCACUGCAGCCAAAGCUGGAGGAUGUCACCUAUAUCCACACCAUUUUCCCCUCCUCUUCCUCUCCCUCCCAAGCUAACGGGACGUACCGCAGCAGCCACGGAGCUGGCAGCCUCAACGGCACCAUCCUCAGCCAAGCCAGCCACCAUCAUGUCACUUAUGGUACCAACCGUGGCUACAGAGAUGGUGGUAUCCCCGACAUAGAUUAUGCGUAUACGUGAUGAUGCAGGGACAUACUCCCUAAGCCACAAAUGCCAGGGGCACCAUUCAGGAUGAUGACCCUGACCUUGUGGCCAUUUUGUCCUUGGUUUCCAAAGUACCCUCUGUGCCUCUGCUGGUUCAAUUGAAAAGGUUUGUUAAGUAGAAAAGCCUGAUUUCAGCUAUGUUAUUGGACAUUGCUACUGAGUGACUGAAGUAACAGUCCUACUAUUCUCUGCUACUGUAUACUACAUGAUACAGUAGGACCUUCUUUCAGCUCUACUUAUAGUUAUAAAUUGUUACGUUUUCUCUUUUGAUAACUCAGUGUCUUUGAAAUCUACUCUUCUUCUGAGCUCAUAAUACACAGUAACUUAUUUGAGGUUGAUAUACUAGGCUUAGCUGAUUUAGCAGGAGAUAUAUUUAUAAUAUGAGGGAAAGGCACUUGAUGUGUAUAGAGAUAGCGCUCAUAUCUUCCUACCGACUGUAAGCUUGGUGCUGUAUAGAUGAAAGGGAUGACAGAGGGAGAAAUCAAUGGUUGUUAUAACACACAGAUGACAAUGCAUCAUGAUUGACAUGAAAAGAUGUGUUCCUAGCCCCCUAUUUUCCCUGGUUUACUCCUCUGCUUUUUUUUCUCUCCUUUCCGCCUCUUUUUUUAUUUUGGCUGAGGCUCUUUCCUUUUAUUUCUCUCAUGUCUUUUGUGGUGCCGUUAGCAGAGGACGACUUUGUUCUCGCCAAGGGAGCUGACAGCAGUGAUAACACUCCUGACAGAGACAGGAGACACAAACCACAGCAUGGGGAGACUAAUGAGAGGGAGAGGAGGAGAGUGGAGGGCAAUAGAUAGAUGGAUGGAUGAAGGGGUAGAACAUGAAAGAAGACAUAGGGGAGAAAGAAGAGUGUCAUUUGGGGCACAGAGGCACUGAAAAAGGUGUGUUGGCUCAAGGCAGAGAGCAAGGACAGAAAAAUUGAGUUAAAAGGAAGACAAGUAAAAAGCAUGGCAUGUGACAAAUGCAGCAGGAAGUGAAAAAACACACACAAAAGCAAAACAAGAUGGGGAAUCAAGAAGAGUGAGUAUAGGGUAUGGAAAAAUGGGGUGACAAUGUCAUCAUCCAAAAAAUGUCUCAAGUUGUACUCUGUGGAUCCACUAUUGCACUCAACAAAUGACUGUGUGAUAGCAGGCUACAUGCUUUCUUCAAAGACUGAAGAUGCACUUGGUCUGGAAUCAUUACCAAAAUAAGUCAAACACUUAAAAUAAUAUAUAUUGGGCAGCUUUCACCUUUAUAAGCCAACUAUCACGACUUCAGAGAGGUAGAUAGACAUUAAUAUGAAUAUAAUAUGAUGUCAACACAACAGCUAGAAAAUUUAGAAAAAGAAACGCAUGUACAAAGUUUCUAUUGUGGACUGGUCUCAUUUUUUUUAAUUAACUUCUCAAAUGAAAAAAAAAAAAGAAGAGAAAUCUAAUCAUAUCUUGUAAUAGUAAGCCAUUAUCUUAGCCCGGUGACAGUUUUUCCGUUUAUAUAAAAAUUGUAUAUAAAACAUUUUGGUAGAAAUCAGAGAUUCUGUGUCUGUAAGCUCAAGUUCCCUCAUGACCAUAAUAUGUUUUCAGUUUUAAAAAAAGCUCGGAAAUUACAAGAGGGCACCACUGGGCAGUAUCAAUCACAUAUGCAGUACUGUGUAAAGGUUACAGCACCACCAGCGUUGUUGUUUUCAUGUCUGUCAAAUUCUGUGAUGAUUGGCAUUUGGACUGGAAUGAUGGGACUAAAGUUGGUCUUAUUAUACAUUAACAUAUAUUAAGUGUAUGUAAUGCUCAAGCAUGUCUGGAAUAAACCUGGAGUAAUAGAUUCAUUUUUCUUACAGCAGAUAUUUUCUUUUUAUAACAUAAAAUAGGAGGACAAACAAAGUUUUUACCAGUAACAUUAAUUAGGUUUAAGAGAGCCAGGGCCGUGCUAUUGUUCAAGUGUCAGGGUAGGUCACACUAUUUUUAAAACUGCAUGCAUGAUUCCCAUGUUCCAGUGAAGUGAUUGAGAAAUGAUUACACUGUAUGUAUGGUCAUUAUAGUGUUGCUAAACCCUAGCAAAUCUAAUGGUAGCCUGAGACUUUUGCACAGUACUAUGCAUUGUGAUUAUCGCUUUUGAGAUGUUUUUGCAUUACUGAAUAUGGACAUAUUGUCACACUAUGGUCAAAUACAAUUCCGCCGUUGAUGUAAAGUAGUUGCACAUGUUUAUUUGUAGCAAAAAUGGCUUAAUAAAUGUAACGUUUACAUCCUGUAGAUAGUAAAGGGAGACCUUCCACAAUAUAAAGAGUACAGCAGAAAACUUGACAGAAUUUUAAUUCCAAAACAGUAUCCACUCAACCUAUCGGACCCUAAAAUCAUUUUUAGUAUUUUAAGUUGAAGUCAACUUUAUUUAAAACAACAUUGUGAUGCAUUCUGGGAGAUAAAGUACAUAAAGCGACUCUGAUAGGCCUCAACACAGCAUACAGUUUUAUUAACAAGGAUCACAGCCUGACCACUACACUGUGCAGUUCAAUGUAAACACACAACACAACCCCAAGACACCUGCUCUCUGUCUGCCGUUCAGUGAAACAACAAAAGUACUUACUGGAGGAGAGGAACUUCAAAGGAAAAGUGCUGUCAGAGAUUAGAAGAGGAAGAGGAGAGAACAGGAAAAAUAAAGAGUAAAUCUGUAAAGGGGAGGAUGGGGGGGAGACACAGGGGAGACACAAUUUAAAUAGAGCGUUGAGUGUCGAAACCAAGUCUUACUUUUAGUAGCUCUCUUCUUUUUCCAGCCUGUGUUACUGUGCACCAGUAAUAUUGGACGAGCUCCGGUGUGAGUUUUUAAUUUCUCAUGUCUGCAUUUGUUUUUUGGUUUCCCUUUUUUAAAGAGCACUGACGAUCCCUUUCACUUUGUGAAAAAGUCAUUUUUCCUUUAAAAUUAUCACCCUCCGAUGUGACAAUGAAAACACUCUUAUGUAUAAACAUAGAAAUGGGUGCAAAAUGCAAUUCCAUUUAUUGGUCUGGUGUCUUUUUUCUAUGCAGAAGAAUAAAGACUUAAGGAAAAGCAG